CAGUUCAACUCUGUGACCAUCGCCUAUGACAUCUCCCUGAUCAAGCUUUCCAGUCCCACCACCUUCACGGACCGCAUAUCCCCCCGUUAUGUCUUGCUUCCGUCAAUGAGGUCUUCAAUGCAGGAGAAAGAUGCGUCACCACCCGGAUGGGGACAAACCAAUGGCGCCAUACAAAAUGGUUCAACUAAGCUCCAGCAGGCAUCGCUUCCUCUUCUGGCCAUCACUGACUGCCAGAGAUACUGGGGAUCCAGAAUCCAACCCACCAUGAUCUGUGCUGGUGCCUCCGGCGUCUCCUCCUGUCAGGGUGACGCUGGUGGACCCCUUGUGUGCCAGAGGAACGGAGCUGGACCCUGGCCGGUAUCGUGUCCUGGGAAGUUUCCCUGCUCUGUAUAUAGCCCUGUGGUCUACUCCCGCAUCACCGCUCUCAGAUCCUGGCUGGACCAGACCGUGGCCGCUUACUAA